UACAGGCAGCUGCUGGGAAGGCUUUACUCCGCCCCCAUCUCUGGCCCAGAACCCAGCAGGGUGCACUCAACUCUCAAGCACUAGGACCGUGCGGAAUCCAGGGCGCUAUGGCACCUCUGCUCACUGCCAGAAUCAAGUUGCUGCUUCUGCAGACGAUGGGCUUUCUCAUUGGCCUAAUAGGUAAAGCAGCUCGAGUCUUUGGUGGCCCCAAGUUUGGAUCAAUGACCACACCGCCUGUGACUGAACCAUUAUUACUGCUUUCGGGGGUGCAGCUGGCCAAGCUGAUCCGAAUGAGGAAGGUGAAAUGCAUAGAUGUUAUUCAGGCUUAUAUCAACAGAAUCAUGGAUGUCAACCCACUGAUAAAUGGAAUUGUCAAGUAUAGGUUUGAGGAAGCUAAGAAGGAAGCUCAUGCUAUAGAUAAAAAACUUGCAGAGAAGCAGGAAGAUGAUGCCACCCUGGAAAAGAAAUGGCCCUUCCUUGGGGUUCCUUUGACAGUCAAAGAAGCUUUCCAGCUAGAAGGAAUGCCUAAUUCUUCUGGCCUUGUGAGCCGUCGUAAUGCCAUUUCCAAAACAGAUGCCACAGUAGUGGCAUUCCUGAAGAAAGCUGGUGCCAUUCCUCUUGGCGUAACCAACUGUAGUGAGCUGUGCAUGUGGUAUGAAUCCAGUAACAAGAUCUAUGGCCGGUCCAAUAACCCGUAUGAUUUACGGCAUAUUGUAGGUGGAAGCUCUGGUGGUGAGGGCUGUACCCUGGCAGCUGCCUGCUCAGUCAUUGGUGUGGGCUCUGAUAUCGGUGGCAGCAUUCGAAUGCCUGCAUUCUUCAAUGGCAUAUUUGGGCACAAACCUUCACCAGGUGUGGUCUCCAACAAGGGUCAGUUUCCUGUGGCCAGGGGAGCCCAGGAGCUAUUUCAGUGCACUGGCCCGAUGUGCCGCUAUGCUGAAGACCUGGCCCCCAUGCUGAGGGUCAUGGCAGGACCUGGAAUCAAAAAAUUAAAACUAGAUGAAAAGGUACAUUUAAAGGACUUGAAAUUUUACUGGAUGGAACAUGAUGGUGGCUCAUUUUUAAUGUCCAAAGUAGACCAAGAUCUCAUUUUGGCUCAGAAAAAGGUAAUUAUAAAUAGAAUCACUUUAAUGAAAUUCAUAUUUAGGCCAAUAGAUGCCAUUCUCAUUCUUUUCCUUUACUGUCCGCCAGACAUUUCUGUGUCAGCAUACAGAAUUAAAGUGAUCACAAAAGUUGUACUAA